GACGCAUUGCACUGACAACGACAACCAGGGACGACCAACCCACGACGACAAGAUGGGUGCUCUUAAAUAUGUUGAAGAGCUUCAGCGCAAGAAGCAAUCCGAUGUGAUGCGCUUCUUGCUGCGCGUACGAUGCUGGGAGCUUCGUCAACUCAAUGUGAUCCAUCGUGCUUCUCGCCCCUCUCGUCCCGAUAAGGCUCGCCGUCUCGGAUACAAGGCUAAGCAGGGUUAUGUUAUCUACCGUGUCCGUGUGCGCCGUGGUGGACGCAAGCGACCUGCCCCCAAGGGUGCUACUUAUGGCAAACCCACCAACCACGGUGUCAACCAGCUCAAAUACCAGCGUUCCCUCAAGGCUACUGCCGAGGAGCGCGUUGGCAAGCGCUGCGCUAACCUCCGUGUCCUCAACUCCUACUGGAUCAACGAGGACUCUACCUACAAGUACUUUGAGGUCAUUCUCGUCGAUCCUCAGCACAAGGCUAUCCGUCGUGAUCCUCGCAUCAACUGGAUCGUGAAGCCAGUUCACAAGCACCGCGAAUGCCGUGGUCUCACUGCAACUGGCAAGAAAUCCCGCGGUCUCAACAAGGGACACCGCUACAACAAGACCACCGCCGGCAGACGGAAGACCUGGAAGCGACACAAUACCCUCAGCCUCUGGAGAUACCGAUAAACGUAACGCCUUUCGAUUGUGUUUCGUUACGUUGGUGGAGUCGGUUUUUGUGGGCGUGCAUGCAACUUUUUUUCAAAUACUUUGUUUGCUGGGAAAAAGUCGUCAGCUACCUCGUCACCCCAUUACAUGUGCAUGGGCCUGAUAUGGAUAUUAAAUGAGAUAGCAAGGAAUGACAAAGAUGAUCAUCUUCUUUGCUGAUACGAUAAUUGUAAUGUCAACA